GGGCGUUGCAGCUUUUGGCGGAUAUAUAGCACGUACAUUCACAGCAAGACAGCAAGAUGCAGAGAAAGAGAGAGAGAGGGAGGAAUUAACAUUUAAAGAAGACACAUUCCUGCUUGCUUCUAGACAGUCUUUCACAUAGUUAUAUGGAUGGCAGGAAGUAGCUUUGAGACCGAGUUCCUACAGACUCACAACACAUACCGCAAACAACAUGGAGCACCGCCCCUCGCCAUAAACAGAAACCUGUGUCGCUCUGCACAGGCAUGGGCGGAGCACCUGCUGUCCAUCAAGACCCUGAAACAUAGCCAGAAGGACUAUGGGGAAAAUCUAUAUUAUGCUUGGAGUUCAGGGACCACAAAACUCACAGGACGUGAAGCAGUGGAAAGCUGGUACAAAGAAAUUAAGGACUAUAAUUUUGGCAGACCGGGAUUCAGCUCUGAAACAGGUCACUUUACCCAGGUGGUGUGGAAGGACACAAAGGAGCUAGGGAUAGGAUUGGCCACUGAUGGAAACACAACGUUUGUGGUGGGUCAGUACCUUCCUGCUGGAAAUAUAUCCAAUGCUGGGUAUUUUCAGAGGAAUGUCUUACCAGCCGGCUCCCCUAUAGACCCUAAAUCCACUGGUACUGCUGACAAAGUGGGACAAGCACAUUCAGACAGAAUGCCUUCACAUCCUCGCAAUACAGCAACAUCACCACUAGGAGGUAGGAGAGAGCCUUGUGAGAACAGCAGCCAAAUGGUAGCAGACAGAAGCUUUGAAACCGAAUUCCUACAGACUCACAACACAUACCGCAAAACGCAUGGAGCACCGCCCCUCGCCAUAAACAGAAACCUGUGUCGCUCUGCACAGGCAUGGGCGGAGCACCUGCUGUCAAUCAAGACCCUGAAACAUAGCCAGAAGGACUAUGGGGAAAAUCUAUAUUAUGCUUGGAGUUCAGGGACCACAAAACUCACAGGACGUGAAGCAGUGGAAAGCUGGUACAAAGAAAUUAAGGACUAUAAUUUUGGCAGACCGGGGUUCAGCUCUGAAACAGGUCACUUUACCCAGGUGGUGUGGAAGGACACAAAGGAGCUAGGGAUAGGAUUGGCCACUGAUGGAAACACAACGUUUGUGGUGGGUCAGUACCUUCCUGCUGGAAAUAUAUCCAAUGCUGGGUAUUUUCAGAGGAAUGUCUUACCAGCCGGCUCCCCUAUAGACCCUAAAUCCACUGGUACUGCUGACAAAGUGGGACAAGCACAUUCAGACAGAAUGCCUUCACAUCCUCGCAAUACAGCAACAUCACCACUAGGAGGUAGGAUAGAGCCUUGUGAGAACAACAGUUCAAUGGUACCAGACAGAAGCUUUGAAACCGAAUUCCUACAGACUCACAACACAUACCGCAAAACGCAUGGAGCCCCGCCCCUCAAUAUAAACAGAAACCUGUGUGGAUCUGCACAGAAGUGGGCGGAACAUCUGCUGUCAAUCAAAACUCUCAUGCACAGUAAUGGAGAGCAUGGAGAAAAUGUGUACUAUGCAUGGAGUUCAGCUAGCAAAAAACUAACAGGACGUGAGGCGGUGGAAAGCUGGUACAGUGAAAUAAAAGACUACAGCUUCAGCAGGCCUGGAUUCAGCUCUAAAACAGGUCACUUCACACAGGUGGUGUGGAAGGACACAAAAGAGUUGGGAGUUGGAUUGGCCACUGAUGGUAACACGACGUUUGUGGUGGGUCAGUACCUCCCUGCAGGAAACAUCAGCAAUGCUGGUUUUUUUGAAAGAAAUGUCCUACCAGCAGGUUCCCCUGUAGACCUAAAAUCCACCCCGUCUGCUGACAGAGUUGGACAAGGACUUGCUGCUCUCAGCAUCAAGUCAAAUCUGUUGCCUUCAGCAUCUCACGCUUCUGUAUCGCCAACACAUGAUUCACAUCCAUCUCCACAGAGCAAAAGCCAAAAAGGUCACGACUUAUCACAGUUUCGCCAGUCUCUCCUUGAUGCUCAAAACAAUUACAGACGGCAACAUGGGGCACGGCCUUUCUCACUUUGCCCCACCCUUUGCAAAGAGGCUCAGGAUUGGGCAGCACAUCUGAUUAGCAUAAAUACUCUGAAGAACAGCGGCAAAGGCCAUGGAGAAACUAUGUCAUACAAAUGGACCUCCAACAUGGUGCCUCCAACAGGAAAAGAGAUUGCUGAAUCAUGGUACAAAGAAAAUACAAAAUACAACUUUGCAAACCCUGGCUUUCAAAAUGGAACUGGUAACUUUACACAGAUGAUUUGGAGGUCUACAGAGCAAGUUGGGAUUGGUCUGGGAUCAGAUGGAAAGGGCAAGUUUAUCACUGUGGCCUUUUACAAACCUCCUGGCAACAUCACCAACCCUGGCUACUUUCAGGAUAAUGUCAAACCUGCUGGAAAGUAAUCUGCUGAAUUAUAAGCGUUUUACACAUUAUAAGUAGCUAAUUGUAAAAUUACUAAAUUUAUUUAUUAUUUCAUCUCCUUCACAUAUUUGCAAUACCAUCUGAAAAUUAUAUGAACAUAGAUAUUUUUUAAUAGUCAUUAUAGUGUAUAGUGUCAUUAUCAUUAAAGUAUUAUAAAGGUAGUCAAUGUGAGUUGCUCAAGUCACAUUUUUUUGUGAUAAGAUUUUUGUCAUUAUUCGCUGAUGAUGAUGGCAGCUUUGCCUGAAACUUGUGUCUGGCACUUCAAAGCACAUCCAGAAAAAAGCACAAAAAAGAAAUUGCUUUUAACUGCUAACAAUUCAGCAGGUAAGGGUUUUUUAAAGUACCAUUUUACUUCUUUGCUGCUGACAUAGACCUGGAGAGGUUGGGUGGGAAUGCAAAACUGGACUUGCAUGGUGUCAUGUAGCAUGAACAUCUCUAUUUCAUUGUGUUGCUACAGACACAAAAGUCUCUCUUGAUAAUCUUCUGAGCUUCUGUCUUUUUUGUGAAUAUAGCCAUCCGGAACAACUUAAAACUUAUAUACACACGCAUGUUUACUGUGGUUAAGGACUUUUACUUGUUGAAUACACUCUCUAAAGAAGGUACCAGAAGGUACAAAAGUUGUCACUGGAAUGGUACCUUUUCAAAAGGUACACUUUUGUACCUAAAAAGUGCACAAUGGUACCUCAUAGGUACAUAUCUAUACCAAAAUGGUACAUAUUAGGACCUUUUGUAAAGGCACUGUCCCAGUGACAACUUUUGUACCUUUCUUUCUAAGAGUGUAUAUGCAGUAUGUAAUAGAAUAAUAAGUGGCUAAAAUGAAAGCCAAUGCAUUUGUUAAAGCUGUCAAAAAAUACUGAUUUACAUGUGUAACAGGCUUAUACUUGUUAAUCUUAAUAAAUGUCUGCAAAUUA